AUUUUUAGUAGGGACUGGUGUGAAAGGCACCGCAUGAUUCGGCAAUUUCCAGGACCUGUGGGAUUUUCUGGCCCAAGCAGAGGGGUGCCAAUCGACUUCCUCGUAGCUAGGGGCUUCUCAUCAUGGCGCCUGCCAUGACGCCGGAGGAGCAGCUGGAAGAUCUGCAGCGGAGAUUCCAGCUCUUAGAGGGAGAGAGAAAGGCCACCUAUGAAACCGCCAAGUUGAACAUCCAGCAGAAUAAGGAGAUUAUUGGCCAGAUGAAAGAGGAAAACAAGCAACUGAGAAAUCAGAUUGCUAAUCUACGAGAUGAGAAGCCACAGAGUUUGGAAAAAGUGCUGGAUUCCACGUGUAACGAAGUUCAACAGAUGCAAAGAAAGUACGACAUGAUCAAGAACGAGAAUAUGAAGAAGCGGGGCUUUUUAGAUCAGCUCGGCAUCAAGAAAGACGAGCUAUCUAUGGGCUCCAAGUUGCACUCCAAUGAAACCUCUCCAGAGAUGCGGCACAUCCGUGUUUUAGAGAAUCGACUCGACAAGGUGAUGAUCAAGUACAAUGAGGCUCAGUCGAUUCGGAAGACCUAUGAGGCCAUCGUGAAGCGACUCAAGGACGAAAGGAUCGGCUUUGACAACCAGCUGUGUGCCAUCGAACGGACGUUGAAAUCCAAGGAGAGAGACUACGAGGAGCUCUUGCUACUCUCACACGAUGCCUAUCACGCAAAGGAAAUGGCACAAGCUGAACUACAUCGCUUCGAACAGGGGGUCAUGGAGGAAAGGAAUCAACGUGACAAAGAGGUUCAAGAGAAGAAGAUCUUGGUGGAACAGCGAGUGGAGAUGAACAAACGUUUAGAGUUGCGAGAAAAGAGCUUGAAGCAGCAACCUGAGGACAAGCCGCAGCCGGAUCGAUUGAAGGAGGCCUCUGUCGUAUCAGAGUUCACAGCAGGCUACAGCACGGAUGCAGCACAGGAAGAGUUGCAAAAGAUACUGGACUACAAAGAUGCUGUCCAGGCCAUCAAGGAUGCCACCGGGGUCAGUGAUGCCAAUGAAAUCAUUCAAAAGUUCUUGACCCAGGAGGACACUCAGAAGAACCUGCAGCUCUUGACCAAAGAGAACCAAGGUACCAUCGACCGGCUCACCGAAGAUCGGCACAAGCUUCGUCUGCAGGUGGAAGACUUGAAAUUCUCCAGUGGUGGACCAGGAGCUCCGGGUGGUCGUCGUCAGGCCAUCGAUGACUUUGAGUCGCACUUGGGUGAAGCCACCGAGAAAUUCGAGAGGAACCGUGGGAAGUUCGAGCGCGUGGCCCGUUUGUUGAUCGACAUGAAAGCGGGGAUUGGGCACUUGGCAGAGAAGCUUCACGUAGUGAAGUUGGAUGAGACCAGCGUGGAUCCAGAUGAAAAGGUGGAGGUGGAGCAUGUUUUGGAGCAGUGUGAGUUGAAGAUCUCCAAGCUAUUGAGCCUCACUGCCCCAUUGGAAGAAGUGAGUGAUCGUCAACGUCGACAGGAUGAUGAACGGUACGAGGAGAAGCUGAUGCAGCGUAGUCAAUCAGAGGCACGCAUCAAGCUGAAUGUCCAGGAGGAGGAGCAUGAUGACGAUGAUGAUGACUUGGAUGAAGAGCUGGAUGAUGAGGUUUCACAUCGAAAGCAGAUCAAGUACAACAGCGAACGGGUGGAGCAACAGCAGCAAAUCAGGAACAAGCGGAAAUCCAAAGGCAAAAAGAAAGAAGCUGCAUGAGAGCUGCAAGAAGCUUUCAUGAGAGAUGCUUUCGCACCCUGCCUUUGAGGUGCUUCCGGGCCCUUUCAGGCGCUCUUUCAGGUACCUUAAGAUGCUGAGAUGUGUAGCCCUUCAGCCCCCUUCAGCCCUUCAUGUUCCCACGCUUUGUUGGGCUUGACUGCCGGCCACGGCGGAUUGCAUGCGACAUGGUCCAAUACGGACGAUGCUGUUGAACUGGCACGUAAAGCGUGGAAAA